ACGUGUGGCGUCUGGGAGCUGUCCCAGGAAUCAUGGUGCUGAAGCUGCAGCACCGAUUCAGCAGCCAAUGAUCACAGGAGAAUGCGGGGCUACGGAUGCUUUCACCCAGAGCAGGACAGUCCGACAAUCGUAUUGGAUUUUAACGGAGGGAAUUAAACCCAUCGGCUUUUUCUUUGAAUAUGGAAAUUCGAUAAUUGGGGAUGUAAGCUUCACGCAGACUUGUCAGCGACCUGCAGUCUGGCAGGAGAUCUGGGAAAAAAAAAAAUCCUGAAACUGUGAGUCGUAUAAAAAUCGUGGUGGCUCGCCAGCUGUUUCAUUUAUUGAAUUUAAUGGCUUCAGACACUUGUUUGCAUCGAUGGGAUUUGUUUGCCUUUUGGAUUUACGUUCUCGUGGGAAAACAAUAAAAGACUUUCAAUUAGAAUAAAUAAUUCUAACAUAGAAAACGACUGUGAAAAGGCAGCUUUAAACCCCAACAAACACUGGAAAACGCACCCCCACUAUCCCAUCCCACACGUUUUAAGAACUGUUUGCUCAUGACGGGGACACAUACAGUAGAUGCUGUUUUUUUCCUGCACCUUUCCAUGGUGCUGUGAGUUUGUGGCCGGAUACAGCUUGAUGCUGCGCAGCCAGGGCAUGCUGAAGAGCCGCUGUUGCGUCCUGCUCGGUGACCUGAGGGUGCUCCUUCUCGGGCCACCGCCGACACCACUGCCUCCGCUGACCCCCAUGAGCGUCCAAGCUACGGAAAGCCAUGAAACAGGCGUCACAGUCCCCGACAAUAACAACACGCUAACGCGGAGCCACCAGCAAGCAGGGGACCGGAUUGCCCCACCUGCAGCAGGAGCCACCGGGCUACCAAGCGGAGAGCGACCGGGUUGGGUCGAUGCUGCAGAGCUGUCGGCUGCCCUGCGCGGCUGCAGCAGCUCCUCUGAUGACUGCUCAAAGGGCAAACUGGAGGAGAGGUAUUCUCUCACCAGCUACACAAGUGGCUUCAGGACUCCCUUGUGCAGGAUCUGCUUCCAGGGACCAGAACAUGGGGAGCUCCUGAGCCCAUGUCGGUGCAGUGGAUCAGUACGUUGCACCCACCAUCCCUGCCUCAUCAAAUGGAUCAGUGAGAGAGGUUCCUGGGCCUGUGAGCUCUGCUACUACAAAUAUCAGGUCAUUGCCAUCAGCACCAAGAACCCACUACAGUGGCAAGCCAUCUCCUUGACAGUGAUAGAAAAAGUGCAGAUAGCAGCAGCCAUCUUGGGCUCCCUGUUCCUGAUGGCCAGUAUCUCCUGGCUGGUGUGGUCGUCUUUCAGCCCCUCGGCCCGCUGGCAGCGACAAGAUCUGCUUUUCCAGAUCUGCUAUGGCAUGUACGGCUUUAUGGAUAUCGUCUGCAUUGCACUAAUUGUCCACGAGGGACCUUCUGUGUUUCGUAUCUUCCACCGCUGGCAGGCCGUGAACCAGCAGUGGAAGGUCCUGAAUUAUGAUAAGUCUUUGGACAGCGAUGACCUGAAGAACACCACCGCGGACAGGACUCUGUCUCUGCCCAGCCCAGGCUAUCAGACUGGGGUAGGAGUGUCCACCUCCACCUCCUCGCUGAUGGUGGUAGCUUCCACAGCUGAUGGCUCAACUUCUACAACCGCGGUGACUGCCACAGGAGGACUGGAAAUUCAUUUGGACCACAACAACGGCAGUGCAGUGCCAGACCAACACUAUCCCUACAACAUCCUUCACCUCCUCAGCCACCUCAGGCAGCCGGAAGCCCGCAGCCAACCCAGCAAUAGCACACGAGAGCUGGUCAUGAGAGUUACUACAGUCUGAGGAGUCAGUUGAGAGACCUUAUCUCACACUGAGAUGAAGGAUUUAUGAACCAGCUGAUAUUUGAAAAAA